AUGAAGUCCAUUCUUUUCUUCAUUCCCUUGGCUCAGGCCGGAACGGUCGUCUGGGACGCCUUCUUCAACGAGUCCUUCACCGUUGACCACUUCGAUAAAUGGUCAUGGUCCAACCAAAUCGAGCCCUUCCAGUGGUACAUUCACGGCUCCGAAGAGACCUCUCAUUACCUGGAGUUGUCCUCCGAGUUCAAGAAUCCGGCCGACAAAGCCGACGCCAAAGGAAUUCGCAUCUCGAUUGAUGAUACGGCCUCAUGGAACGGCCAGCCCAUGAUGCGAUCGGAGCUCAUCCCCCAGACCACGGCGGACCUGGGCUCUGGCCAUCUCUUCUACCACUUCUCGCUGCAGACGCGCGAGAAGAACGCGCCCGCGGCGGGCCUUGAGCACCAGAUUGCUUUCUUCGAGAGCCACUUCACCGAACUGCAAUACGGCGGAGACGAGAAGACCCUCCGCUGGAUGGCCGACGGCAAGUCGCACUGGUCGACGGAUCUCGAGCCUGGUACCUGGUACAACUUUGCCUACGAGAUCGACUUCGAUGCGCAGACGGUCGGUCUCUGGGCGUCGGACGGAUCGGCGGCGUUGACGCAGGUCGUCAAGCCCGUCAGUGCGUCGGCCCAGACCAACUCGCAGGACUGGCAUGUGGGCGAGCUGCGCCUGGACAACGGCCAGAAGGGCGGUGCCGAGGACUGGUACUGGUCGGGUAUCUACAUCGAGAAGGGCGAGAUCACCAAGGUGGUCUCUGGGCCUUGA